AUGUCAGAUAAUAAAUUGAAAUAUUUCGGGAUUUUUAAUAAUAAAAAAAAUAGCGAAAAUAAAAAAACUAAGAACAUAGUGGAAAAUGAUCAAGAAAUGGCAUCAUCGACACAAGACUGGGAUUCAUUGAUUUCAUUUGAUCAUCAACCUCCGAUUAACCACAUAAAUAUAAAUGUUAAUGUGGCUAAAUUAAAUAUUGGUGGAGCAGAUUUGGGUGAUUUAUCAACUUGUCACAUCCAAUUUUAA